CCCCGCGGGCCACAAAAGGCCCGCGGGCCGCUACUUGAGUAUGACUGCUUCAGGGGCUUCAGCAUCUAUUCAGCAGAGAUGACCGUUUCAUCUAAGGACUGUAUUGUGCCACUAUGUGUUGGCUGCUCUAACCACUAUGUUACUGCUACAUUAUGUAGAGGAUUGACUGUGGUGUUGAACAGUCUGCAUGCUGAGCUAUGUCUGAUGGAUCUCUGUUACUGCUGACGACUGCAUGCUAUGUCGCUGUCCAUGGUUCUGGGAUCGCUUUGGUUCUGUAUCCCAUUGCUUUGCCAUUGUGAAUGCUAUAUUGGCCACACAUCCAAUUUAUGUGAAGGGAAAAUUGUUUCACUCGUUAGAAUUUGUCUGUUACCCAUUCCACGUGGUGCAAAUAUGUCGUAAGUUAUUGUUUAACUCAGUCAGAAGAAAAAACAAAAAGCACAAGUAAAUAUAAUAGCGUUUGGUGUUACAUGAGCUAACGCCACUUUUACAUGUUUAUACUCCGUUAUGACUCAAGGUGUCGCUAUUCACCAACAAUAGAUUCCAACGUGAUAUAAUCGUCGGCCUUUCCCCAUCCACCUUCUGAGGAGAGCAGAAGGCAGACAAGCCCGGAGAUUCGUCGAAAAACGUCGGGGUAUUAAAGGGCUGAUGGUCUUUCCCUUUUUCGAUCGAAUACAUUUAUUUAGACGAGGAUAUAAAUCACGAAACCAUACUUUAUAUUAUUACAUACUUGAUUUACAAGGAUGGAAUACAAAGGAUUGGGUCUUUGCGUGUUUUCAUUCGUAUUAUCUGCGCUGAAUCACGUUCAUGGCGACCUGGACUAUACUGUUCUAGAGGAGAUGAAGGGUGGAUCUGUAAUCGGGAAUAUCGCCAAGGACCUGGGACUUACAUUGGACGUACUGUCUGCUCGGAAGGCUCGUAUUGAAACAGAAGAAAACGAACGGAGGUAUUGUGACGUCAAUCUUCGGAGCGGAGAGCUCAUUGUUUCAGAGAGAAUCGACCGAGAGGAACAAUGCGGAGAAAAGCCUUCGUGUGUUCUUAAAUUCGAGCUGCUUUUAGAAUCACCAUUAGAAUUGCACCGUGUAUCACUACAGAUACAAGACAUAAACGACAACGCACCGAGUUUCCCAACUGACAGAAUAAAGCUGGAAAUCAGAGAAUCUGCCGACAAAGGAGCGCGGUAUCGCGUCGAUGCGGCUCAUGAUGAAGAUACGGGCCAAAACGGUGUUCAGACUUACACUCUUAAACGGAAUGACCACUUUCUGUUCAAUAUACAAACGUCAAGUGAUGGGACUAAAUUUGGAGAAUUAGUUUUAGAAAAGGAGUUAGAUAGAGAAGAGCAGAAGGAAAUCAAAUUAUUACUUUCGGCUCUGGAUGGUGGUUCUCCUCAGAGAUCAGGCACAUUAGCGAUAGACGUCACUGUGUUGGACGAUAAUGAUAACGCCCCAGUGUUUAGUCAGGCCGUGUAUGAGGCCAGUCUGCCUGAAAACACUGCGAUUAGAACCCCUGUAAUCACCGUUAGCGCUUCUGACGCAGACGAGGGUGUUAAUGGAGAAGUUACAUACGGACUAGGACGGGUGUCUGAAAAGUCACGAAAACUGUUCUCCCUUGAUCGACAGACCGGAGAAAUAUUUGUUGCAGAUGAUAUAGACUUUGAGGAGGGAUCAAAAUAUGAGAUUAUUGUUCAGGCAAAAGAUGGGUUUGGUAUUUCUUCAGACGCUAAAUUAAUUGUAAGAAUUACCGAUGUUAAUGACAAUUCCCCUGUCAUAGCCUUGAAAUCGUUAUCCAAUCCAGUACCAGAAAAUGCAUCUCCUGGUACGGAGGUGGGAAUUAUCAACGUGCAGGAUAGAGAUUCAGAGAAAAACCGAAAGGUUAGGUGUUCUCUUCAGCAACAUGUUCCUUUUAAACUUAUUCCUUCGAUUAAAAACUAUUAUUCUUUGGUAACAACAGAGAAACUAGACAGGGAACUGGUGUCUGAAUACAACAUUACAAUUACUGCUAUCGACGAGGGCUCUCCUCCUCUGUCGUCAGUUAAAGUUGUUCACAUCUCAGUAGCUGACGUCAACGACAACCCACCUGUGUUUGAGGAGCAGUCGUAUAGCAGCUAUGUCCCUGAGAACAACAAACCGGGCCACAGCCUGUGUUCUAUUAAGGCCCAUGACCCAGACUGGAAACAAAACGGUACAGUGAUCUAUUCUCUUUUACCUGGUGAAGUCAACGGUGCUCCAGUCUCCUCUUAUUUAUCUGUUAACGGAGACACCGGAAUGAUCCACAGUGUCAGGUCCUUUGAUUAUGAACAGUUUAGGAGCUUUAAAGUCUACGUAAUGGCACGAGACAACGGUUCUCCUCCGCUCAGCAGCAACGUGACUGUGAGUGUCUUCAUAACGGAUGCGAAUGACAACACUCCUCAGAUACUUUACCCCGCCCCAGAGGGAAACUCCUUUAUGACUGAACUGGUACCCAAAGCUGCACAAGGAGGUUCUCUGGUUUCCAAGGUGAUAGCAGUUGAUGGGGACUCUGGACAGAACGCCUGGCUGUCCUAUCAGAUCAUUAAGUCCACUGAUCCGGGACUCUUCAAAAUCGAUCUUCACAGUGGGGAGAUCAGGACCCAGCGAGACAUUUCUGAUUCUGACAACAUGAAACAGAACAUUGUAGUCUCUGUAAAGGAUAACGGACAGCCCUCCCUCUCUGCUACAUGUUCCAUGUUUUUACUGAUUUCUGAUAACUUGGCUGAAGUACCAGAACUGAAGGACAUGGCUUAUGAAGAUAGCAGUUCUAAAUUAACAUCUUAUCUGAUCAUCGCGCUGGUAUCCGUCUCCACCUUUUUCCUGACCUUCAUUAUUAUCAUUCUUGGAUUGAGGUUUUGUCGGAGGAGGAAGCCCAGACUGUUAUUUGAUGGAGCGGUUGCUAUUCCCAGCUCUUAUCUCCCUCCAAACUACGCAGAUGUGGACGGCACUGGAACUUUACGCAGCGCAUAUAAUUAUGAUGCGUAUUUAACCACUGGAUCUAGAACAAGUGACUUUAAAUUUGUCACACCUUACAAUGACAACACAUUGCCUGCAGACCAGACCCUGAGAAAAAAUCCAACAGACUUUGAAGAAGUGUUUGGAGACCUGGAUGUUUCCCCUGAGGUAAGACAGUUUCACUGUACCAACUUUUAAAGCCUUACCUGUGUUUAGACCACACGCUCUCACCAGCACCACCUGAUGACUUAUUUGAUUUGUUUUCUCAAAUGGAAUCGAUUUUUUUUCUAGUACAAUAGCUGUAUCUCUGCUUUUUUCCUGCUCUGUCUUUUUUGUAAUACCUUGUUUCCUGGAAAUUAUACGAUUUGUGAUGUUUUUAUUUUUAUUUUUAUAUGAGGGAAAUCAAUGUUCAUGUUUUAUUGAUGACCAGAAGUCCACAUGGUUAAUGCAUGAUUGCAUUAAAGGUGUUGUAAUAGGUGCCAAAAUGAUUCAUGAAUCUGGAAGCUCCAUUGCUUAUAUUGACAUGGACUGUCUGUCUCCGCUGGAGCAGGUCACUGCAUAAUCAUAAACCUGCCUGUAGAUGAGCUGCAACCAACUGAAUAAUGCAGUCAUGAUGUGGAGAAUGUCAUGCUUUGCAGCAACAUCCAUUUAAAUGAUGUACCAGCUUUGUGUGUGUGUAUGUGUGUGUGUGUGUGUGUUUGUGUGCACGUGUGUGCGCAUGUUAAACGCACAACUGUGACCUACUUAAUCAGCCUUUGUAAUGGUGCUGUUUUGAUGUGGUAGUGGACCCUACUGAGGAUCUGAAUGUCCUUCACCUGGAUUAUGAAUAAAUAUGAGAGAUUA